CCUUUUCCGGCUGGAAGUGUGAUUUCUGUGAGUGUUGAGGUUAGAUUGGAAGUGGUGUUGUGUAGAGAAUGGGGGGCGAGGCGCACCGCGGGUCGGCAGGCGAGGCGCGAGGCUCGCGGCGCUCGGCUGGAGGUGAGAAGGAAGAAAGGCAACCUCUGGUGGGAGUGGUCCGGAGUCCGCUAAAGGGAGACAUUCCGGGGUUCGUUGGCGGGAGGCACGUUUUGCUUUUGCUCAGGGAGCGAAUGGACAUCUACCGGGGGAAGGGGUCAGCGAUCCGGGAUCCGAGGGAAGAUGUUCUCGGGUCACAUGAAGGGGUCAGGCUGAGGUUCUUAGGCCUAGUUAGGUCCCUAGAGAACUGGAGCAAACAGGAGUCUCCUGGGAAGAGGGUUACAUUCUAAUCUACUUAAAGCUCGUACCUGCAAGUUCCUACUCUUGAGGCCUAAGUAUUACUGAUGUGUGCACAAUGGCAAUACAGGAAACAAAGGAUAAUAUCAGAGACGGAAAGAAGGUAAUUUUAAGUUACUGGUUAUGGGACAGGUUUGCAAUGCCUUCAGGAAGGAAUCAAGCUUUAAACAUCCCUUUUAAAAAUAGAAUAUCUUUAGACAAACAAAAAGUUGAAAUAAAACUAUAACUAAUACAUAUGUACUUGACACCCAACUGGAGAAAUAGUUAUUAUAUAACUGAAGUCCUUUGUGUGCUCCACCCAGUCCCGUUAUGUUCCCUCUUGACCAAGGUAACCACGCUUUUAAUUUUGGAUUACAUAUAGUGCUGUUUUGCAUAGUUUUAACAAGCAGAAAUGUGUAGAACCUUUGGCAGCUUUCUUUAACUUAAUAUAAGAUUUGUCAGUGUUAUGUAACUCUAGUUCAUUCCUUGUAACAGCUGAACAGGUGUUCCCUUAUAUGCACAUAUCACUAUCCAUUUUCUUGCUUUGUAUCCCCAGGACCUGGCACAUCGUAAAUACUUACAUCUUAGUUGAUUGGAUGAAUGCUGUAGCAUUUGAGCUAAAUCAUGAAGAAUGAAUAGGAUUUCAAAUGACUUAAGGCAAGGGGAAUACCAGCCAGAGUGAAAGCAGAAGCAUGAAAGAGCAUGAGAAAGAGGAAUAAUGAAGCAAAAUAUGCAGAAGCAUGUUCAAGUUCUACUGCUGGAUCUGGAAGUAUGAAUAGUGACAAUAUUGAUAAAACUAUUGACUCUAAUCUGCAAACAUCAACUUCAUUUGAGCCAUGUUUCAAAAAGAAAAAAGUAACUGCAAGGCAUUAUAAUGAAGAUUAUUUAAAAUAUGGUUUUAUCAAAUGUGAAAAAUCCUUUGAAAAUGACAGACCUCAGUGUCUUAUUUGUAAUAAUAUUCUUGCAAAUGAAAGCUUAAAACCUGCAAAAUUAAAAAGGCACUUAGAAACACAGCAUGCUGAACUUAUUGAUAAGCCUCUUGAAUAUUUUCAAAGAAAGAAAAUAGAUGUAAAGUCAUCAACACAAUUUCUUAGCUGCUCUACUACUGUUAGUGAGAAAACCUUAUUAUCAUCAUAUUUAGUUGCAUAUCGUGUGGCAAAAGAGAAAAUGGCUCACACAGCUGCUGAAAAAAUUAUUCUUCCAGCAUGUUUGGAUACGGUGCGUACAAUUUUUGAUGAUAAAUCUGCUGAUAAAUUAAAAACGAUUCCUAGUAAUAACACAAUAUCUCUUCGAAUUUGUACGAUUGCCGAACAUUUAGAGGCAAUGCUUAUUACUCAGUUACAGUCGGGAAUGGAUUUUGCAAUCCAGCUUGAUGAAAGCACAGAUACUGGAAGCUGCACAGCACUUUUAGUCUAUGUAAGAUAUGCGUGGCAAGGCGAUUUUAUGGAGGAUUUUUUGUGUUGUUUAAACUUAACCUCACACCUAAGUGGAUUAGAUAUUUUCACAGAAUUAGAAAAGUGCAUUUUUGGUCAGUAUAAAUUAAACUGGAAAAACUGCAAAGGAAUUACAAGUGACGGAACAGCAAACAUCACUGGAAAACAGAGCAGAGUAAUUAAAAAAUUGCUAGAAGUUACUAGUGGUGUGUGGAAUCAUUGUUUUAUACAUCAUGAAGCAUUAGCAUCCAGAGAGAUUCCACAGAAGCUCAUGGAAGUAUUGAAAAAGGCAGUGAAAGUUGUUAACUUUAUUAAAGGAAGCUCAUUAAACAGCCGACUUCUUGAAACGUUUUGUUCGGAGAUUGGAGCUAAUUAUACCCACUUACUGUUUCACACCAAAGUUCGUUGGUUGUCUCAAGGGAAAAUACUGAGCAGGGUUUACGAACUCAGGAAUGAGAUACACGUUUUUCUUACUGAAAAGAAGUCUCAUUUGGCAACUAUUUUUGAGGAUGAUAUUUGGGUAACGAAACUGGCAUAUUUAACUGAUUUUUGGCAUAUUUAACAUAUUUUUGGCAUCCUUAAUGAACUACGUUUAAAACUACAGGGGAAAAACAGUGACAUAUUCCAACAGGCCGAAUGUAUCCAAGGAUUCCAGAAGGCAUUACUGUUGUGGCAAGCGAAGCUUAAAAGCAAUCGUCCUAGCUACUACAUGUUUCCAAGGUUUUUGCAGCACAUUGAAGAGAAUGUUAUCAAUGAAAACAUUUUGGAAGAAAUAAAACUAGAGAUAUUGUUGCACCUCACUUCUCUCUGUCAAACCUUUAACCAUUUAUUCCCAGAAGAGAAAUUUGAAACAUUAAGACAGAAUUGUUGGGUAAAAGAUCCGUUUGCUUUUCGAAACCCAGAAUCAAUAAUUGAGUUAAACUUGGUGCCUGAAGAAGAAAAUGAAUUAUUGCAGCUCAGUUCUUCAUGUACAUCGAAGAAUGAUUAUGAAACACUAAGCGUAUCAGCAUUUUGGAUUAAGAUAAAGGAAGACUUUCCUUUGAUAAGUCAAAAGAGUAUCCUGCUAUUAUUACCAUUCACAGCAACUAGUUUGUGUGAAAUAGGAUUUUCGGUCUUAACCCAGUUAAAAGCAAAGGAAAGGACCGGAUUAAAUGGCGCAGCAGAUAUGCGAGUAGCAUUAUCCUCCUGUGUUCCAGACUGGAAUGAACUUAUGAAUGGGCAAGCACACCUACCACGUUAAAUAAAUCUUUUUUUUUUUAAUUGGAGUAUAGUCACUUUACAAUGUUGUGUAAACAAAUCUUACCUGGUUUUUGUUUCUGCAGUUCUCAUUUUGUGAUUUUUUUAUCUGUUGUAUUUAAAUGUUAAUAUAGCAGUGUAUGUGAUAACUUUGUUUUUAUUUUUGUUAUAUUUUAAUACUAAUAAAAUCAGUGUAAUUUUAUGUU